CCAGAUGCGGAUUGAAACAUGGCUGGGCCCGGCAGUGCUGAAGGCUGGCUUUGAGCCAUCCCGCUUGGAUGGAAACCUUCGAAACUUCGCAUUGACCUUGUGGGAUCAGCCAGGACUAUCCCGCAGCAACCGUGGUGGUUGGCACAGCCGAUAUUUAGAUAUUUCAGAUGCAGAUGAUGCAGGUAAUGCUACUGUCCUCUCUGAACUGGCACAGCGAGUGCAGGAUGUUGCCGCACUUUUCCUGCAGAAGUGGACGCCACCAAAAUCCCAACUGUGGAGAGAGACCAGAGCAAGCAGGGUUCGCUUUGCAGCUCUUUGGGUGAACGUUCAUGAGGCAGGUGACUAUAAUGUAGAGCAUCAACAUGCUGAGAUUGGUGCAGUCGGUGAUGACAUUCCUUUGCUGUCUGGUGUGUACUAUCCUGAAGGGCCAAGUGGAGGUGCUAAACUCCACUUUGCAGCUUGUGAUGAGGUGCCGGCUGAGGUUGUUGAAUCACCAAGUUGCAGUGUUGACGCGGAUGCUGGAACGAUGGUGGUGUUUCCUGCCACUCUGCCGCAUGGUGUGGAGCCAGGGCACAGUUUCCGCACUGGAGUGCCCCGUGUUUCCUUUGCCUUCAACCUUAUCGUCCGCAGGGCAGCUUCCAAGCUACACACUGCAGUCAUGAUCGGAAAUCUGUCUGGAACAAGCCAGCUGCUUGAUGAAGCAGAUGCCGACGUCAAUGCAAAAGACCCAGCUGAGGGCUUCACACCUUUACAUUAUGCUGCUGAAGCUGGACAUGUUAGCGCCCUCCAUCUGUUACUGAAGCAUGGGGCAGAUCCUUUUGCCCUCUCUGAACGACAGUCUUUGCCAGUGCACUUGGCAGCCGAAGCAGGUGAGUUAAAUGCAGUUAGAGACUUGCUGACAGCAGCCCCAAGCUUGGCCAGAUCUGCUAGCGGAUCCCAGAACCGUAUGCUGGUGCACAUUGCAGCUGCCAAUGGGCAAAUAGAUUUGUUGAAGGAAUUGCAUAACUUCGAGACAGACUUUCGCUCGGUGCAGGGGGAUGGUGGCAAUGCCUUACAUGCUUCAGUGCAGAAUGGCCACUUAGCAGCGACAGAGCUCAUCCUGCAGCAAGUCCCAGGUUUGGUCAACGAGAGCGAUGCAGCAGGUCACAGGCCGUCACAUGAAGCAGCGCGAGGUGGCCAUACAGCAAUCCUUAGCUCUUUGCUGCAGGCAAGAGGCGAUGUGACAGGGAAAGGACAAGACUCGUUGGUGUACUGGGCUGCACAUGGCGGGCACACAGCCGUCCUCUCCCUUUUGAUGUCGAAGGUGACGCUAUCAGUCCAGCGUGAUGUGGACCGGAAGUCCAGUAGCACAAAAGGCGAAGCUGUAGCAAACCAUUUGGCGGCUGCAUUGAUAGGAUCUGGUAGCAGUCCGCAGAUGAACGCCGAAGAGCUAAGUCCAAUGCAUGUCGCAGCCCAGGCAGGGCAUUCCAAAGUUGCGGCCUGGCUUCAAAGAGAAGGUCUCUCUGUGGCGGAGCCGGCAUCGUCGCAGAUGCAACCCAUCCACUUGGCAGCGAGCAAUGGGCAUUUGGAAGUGACGGACUGGCUGCUGCAACAAGACACCAAUUUGGCAACUGCUACUGCACGAGGGGGCAUUACCCCACUUCACAUGGCUGCAUUAAAUGGCCGGCCGGAGGUGGCUACACUUUUGUUGGCAAGGCGGUGUUCAGCGUCUGUAGGGGCAAUCGAUGGAAGCCAGCCAUUGCAUGUGGCAGCUGCUGGUGGGCACACAGAAGUGGCAAAGGUUUUGCUGAAUGCCCGCGCGUCAGUGGAUGCCAGCACUCGAAAGAGGCUACUACCUAUCGAUCGUGCAAGAGAGGCCGGCCAUGCCUCGAUGGUGGAGCUGUUGUCGAACUUAAAAGAACAGAAGAUACAGAAGGAUCAGGAGCUGUAGAGAGCUGUAGAGAGCCCCAUAUCCUUGGUCAAUUUGGUCCCAUGACAUGCGAUCAAUGGGAUCCUUGGUGGAAGUUUCCCUCAGCAUGGGAAGCAGGCCUGGGUUUGCGGAUGUCUGUAGAUCAUAUCGCUCCCAUCCAUACAUAUCCACGCCAUCCAAGCAAUGCCCUGUGAAAUCCUGUCAACUUCAAAGCUGAUUUCUUCAAAGAGCCAUGGAUUCAGGAAGCACAUGGAAGCACUUGGCCUUCCACAGGUGGAUUCAUAGACUAGAGACAACAGAAGGAGGGGAAAUGCGUUGAUCACCUGCUGUUGGUGCCAGAAUUUGUCUGAAUCGUCAUGAUUUCCUGUUUCUGGAACUGAUGGAAUUGUCUUCUCCUGAUCUGGCAGCCUGAAGCAGUCCAGUGGUGUUCUGGACUACAUGUUCAUUCUGGACUGCUGGUGGGGGUUGCAGUGAUAGAUUUGAAGCCCAGCAGCAGGGGGAGACUUCGAAUGCUGGUACAUGAUGUCAUGAUGUGGGCUGAGAGAGGCAGACGCAGCGCAAGCACACAAGAGCUUUGGAGAUUUUGGAGCUUCGUUCCAAGUGCUGAGCCGAGGGAAGAUAAAAA